ACAAACAGAGACACCUGUACACACACACAGACAUGUACAGUACAUACAUACACACACAGAAACAUGUACACACACACACAUGUACAUGCAUACACACACAGACACAUGUACACACACACACAUGCAUGGACAUACACACAGACACAUGUACAGAUACACACAUGUACAUAAACACAGACACAUGUAAAUGCAUACACAGACACACACAAACACACACACAUGUACACACACACACAUGUACACACACACCCCUAUAAAAAGUUGCAGUACUUCGUUGUUCACUCACAGAGCCGGGUACUGCACUCUAGGGGGAGGCAGAUAGCACAGCACACACUCCUUCCUUUGCUUUCACUGCACUCAGCUAUUGAGCAAUCUGACGGCUCCCAGUGACAAUGACAGAUCCGGCCGGAGCUCCGAACCUGCUCAGCAAGACGGCUGUGGGGGACACACUCACCCCCACCAUAAUUUCCACUCGCCAUUGGCGAGCAGGCGAGUAGAAAUUUCAAGACCUGAUAUUAUUG